AUGGCAACCAAGCAGGACGUGAAAGUUCUCGGCUGGUCGGCGAGCCCUUUCGUCGCGAGAGCAAGGAUUGCUCUCAAUCUGAAGGGAAUUGAAUACGAGUUCCUCGACGAGGAUUUGGGAAGAAAGAGCGAUCUGCUUCUAAAAUCCAAUCCCGUCUAUAAGAAGGUUCCAGUCCUCUUUCAUGGAGGAAAGCCAGUCUGCGAGUCGCUCCUCAUCGUUCAGUACAUCGACGAAGUCUGGGCUGAUUCCGGUCUGCCCAUCCUUCCCGCCGACGCAUAUGACCGUGCCGUUGCCCGCUUCUGGGCAGCCUACAUCGAUGACAAGGAAGUUUCCAUGAACGUCCUUUUGAGAUUGGAGCAAAAAUUUGCCCUUAGUCGGGAACCAGCGGAGAGAGAAGAUGGAGUGAAGCUGAUAGGAUUAUGGCUCAGCCCCUUUGUGCUGAGGGCGAAGCUUGCGCUGAACAUAAAAGGAGUGGAAUACGAAAACCAUGAGGAGCUGAAUACAUGGGAGAAGAGCGAGCUGCUUCUGAAGAGCAAUCCAGUGUACAAGAAGAUCCCUGUACUCAUUCAUAAGGGCCGUCCCAUAUGCGAGUCCAUGAUAAUCGUCGAAUACGUAGAUGAAGUGUGGUCCUCUGAGAGAAAGCAAAUUCUUCCUGUUAACCAUCAUGAACGCGCAGAGGCUCGUUUUUGGGCUUAUUAUAUUGAUGACAAGAUAUUGAUGAACCAUGUCAAUCCAUCUCACUACGGCCUAAUUGCCCGUUCGAUCUCCUCAUGCCUUCAGGUCUUCCCUCGGUUAAGGGACCAUGUCAGUGCGACAACGCAGGAAGCCAAGGAGAAAGCGGUCAUGGAAGCAGCAGCAGCGCUUCAGCCAUUAGAGAAAUUUUUUGAACAAUCAAGUAAAGGAAAUUCAUUCUUUGGGGGCGAAGAUAUCGGCUUCGUCGACAUUGCACUGGGAUCCUUCUUGGCCUGGAUCACUCCACUAGAGAAGCUGGACGGCAUCAAGAUUCUGAGAGACGACAAUUUGCCCAAAUUGACCACUUGGGCUCAGCAUUUCUGCUCUCAUGACACUGUGAAGGAGUUAAUGCCGGACAGUGAUAAGAUGGUUCAAGUCGUCGAGUUCUUUCGCUUGAAGUUUUCGACGGCGUGAUGAGUUCUGAUAUCGUAGUUGCAGGCUUCGAUUCAGAGCAGCAAAGAAUGUGAUGUGUUCUGGUUAUUGUCUUUCUUCUUCUUCUCAGUUCAUUUAAGGCAGGA